AUGUCGUACGCCUCAAUCGCAGCUGAAAACGCGCCGCCCAAGUCGGAGCAGCCUAAGCCCGAUCCUGGCUACCUCGAAGGUCAAAACCGAAGCGGCGAUGUGAGCACCACUGCGCCGGAUGUGAACUCGGGCAAGAUCAACGUUGUUCCCUCUGACUCAGAUCUUGAGCACCUCAAGACGCAAUCGCAAGAAGCGUACGAAGAAGCCGUGGCCAAAGCGCGUGAGCAACGCAAGCAGCUCGAGGCUGACGCUAAGAAGGUGUCGGACUCUGCACAGAAGACGGCCAACGAUGCCAAGAACGCAGGCAAAGAUGCGGUGCAAGAUGCCAAAAAGGCUGGCAAGGAUGCUGCCGACCAGGCUGAAAAGUAUGGCAAGGAUCUGCGUAACGAAGCGGACAAGUUUGGCAAGAACGCUCGCGCCGAAGCUGAAAAGGCUGGAAAGAAGGCCGAAGAGUACUACGAGAAGGGCAAGAAGGAGCUCUCCAAGGACGCCGAGGCAUUGAGGAAGCGCGGCGAGCAGGGUGCCAAGGCGCUCAAGAAGAAGGCCAGUGAAGCCGAGAAGGAGCUUGAAAGUUUCUGGGACAAGUUUUCCUCGGACCCUAAGCAGUGGGGUCCCGCUCUGGCUGCCGUCAACGUCGCACUUCUCGGCGGUCUGGGCAUCUACGCGUACACGCACAAGGAGCACGUCCAACGCACCGACCGUCGCCUCAUCAGCGCCAUCACUGUCGGUGUACUUGGUUUGAUCGGUGCUCAGGGCUACUGGGCCAACGAGACAGCCAAGAAGCAGGGUUCCGCAUUCAAGUAG